CGGGUGCGGGGCGUGGUUUAGCCUCAACCCGCCCCCUAGGUCUGAUUCGAUUGGUUGCGUGGGCAGCAAUCCGCGCUCGCUAUUGGGCGAAAUGGCUGUCAGGCAACCUAGAUGACUUGCCGGGCUGAAAGAGGCGGGCGAAAAAAAGUGAGAAAGAAAAAAAAUCAGAGAUUUUCCACCAGCUUCGAGAGGAGAGGAAAGGGAAAAAGGGCAUUAAAUUUAUAUACUGGAGCUUGGCAGUACCUUCAGUGACGGUUACCUGAUGGACUAUUUGAAACAGCGGACAGUAUAACAGAUGUUGUUCUCCAGAGAGCCAACAUGAAUUUGGAAAAUCUCAGCAAGUCAGAAUUGCUGAUGUUCUUCAGUGUCCUUGAAGGAGAACUUGAAGCAAGAGAUGUGGUGAUUGAAGUAUUGCAAGCUCAGCACAGAGAUCGUUUCAUCCAAGAGCGCUAUGGAAAAUAUGACAUCAGUGACCCAUUCCUUGCUCUACAAAGGGAUUGUGAGUCAAUCAGGGGUGGAAACUGUGGAGACAAGCAGCCUGUGUGCACCAACCCAUUAUCUGUGCUCAAAGUAGUAAUGACACAAUGCAAGAAGAUGCAGGAGCGAAUGGUAUCCCAGUUGGCUGCUGCAGAGAGCAGACACCGAAAGGUUAUUGUGGAUCUAGAAGAAGAGAGAAGACGACACGCUCAGGACACAGCUGAAGGGGAUGAUGUGACCUACAUGCUGGAGAAGGAGCGUGAGCGACUCACUCAGCAGCUUGAAUUUGAGAAGUCACAGGUGAAGAAGGUAGAAAAGGAACAGAAGAAGCUGUCUACACAGCUGGAGGAGGAACGAACAAGACACAAACAGUUAACCACUGUUUUGAUGAAAGAAUGCAAAAAAGCAACCAACAAGGCAGCAGAGGAAGUUCAGAAAACUGCAGAAUUAAAACAGAAGCUAGAGAAAGAGAUGGCCAAAAGCAGUGAACGAGAGGAAGAGUUGGCCGCCGAGAAGCAGCGAGCCUUACAAAGGGAGGCCGAAAUGGAGAAACAGCUUUCCGAGUUUGACACUGAGAAGGAGCAACUGCGGGCAAGGCUAAACCGGGAAGAAAACAGGGCACGAGCCCUCAAUGAGGAAGUGCAAAGUUUAAAGCGAGUUAUUGAAGUGCUUAAAAAUAAAACAGAAAGCUCCAACAAAAUAGUAGCAAAUGAACCAAAAUCACCGGUAAACUUUCCAUUAGAGGCUGGUGCUAAGAAAAGCAACACUAUAUCCCCUUCUUGCCAGACUGAUUGCAGUCAUGUGAAAGUGCCUAAUGGAAGUGAUUUAAAAGAAAAACACUGCACAUCAUUGCCAGCUGCAGUUGUUCCGCAAGUAAAUGGACAUUGCGCAGCAUUUAUGGUUAAUGAUGGGGAUGACCAGUCAACUGACGGCAAUAGUGUAGAUAUUCUUUUCUCCGCUGAAAGUAAAGUACCUUCUCCAUCUCCAGGGAACAUAGUUGAAAAUGGAAGUGGUAAUGUGGCUUCUUGUGCUGUACCACAUUUCCCAGGUGGAACCUCACUUUCUCCAAGCAACACUGUGAACUCUUCGGCUGCUUCCUCAGUAUCAUCAUCCCCAUGUUCAUCACCUGUGUUGACAAAGCGACUCACUAGUUCAACAAGCCCCAGUGCCAGCUUCCAGUCAUCCUACCAGGCUGGGCUGAAUCAAAGGUUUCAUGCAGCUCGAUUUAAAUUCCAAGCUCAAGCAGAGCAAGAUCAACAGACUGGCGCCUUACAAAGUCCUCCUCCAAGGGAUCUGUCACCCACUACCUCAGAUAGUUCAGCCGCCAAACAGUUGGCUCGAAAUACUGUGACCCAAGUUCUGUCAAGGUUCACAAGCCAGCCAGGAACUCUGAAAACUGCAAACAAUUCCCCCUUUGGUACUGACUAUCGACAGUUGGGCAGUUCAGCAAAAACACCAACUGGUGAUACCAAUCAUUCACCGACUUCCAGUAAAGUCUCAAGUCCACAAUGUCCAAUGACCCCUGGGAUAAAAUCGCCAACAGUAUCUAGAGUGGACAGAGGAAAUCCUCCACCAAUUCCUCCUAAGAAGCCUGGCCUUGCACAAUCACCUGCAUCACCUCAUCCGCCGGGUAGAGCAGCUACAGAUAGUGGACCUUCUCAGAUUGGGCUUUCUGCUAAAAACGAAUCAAGUGCUUCCAAUUCUGUUCAACCUCAACGAUUCUUUAACUGGCGUGAAACAGGGAUCCAUGAGGAAGCUUCAUUGAAAUGUUCCUUGGAACGAGGAACAAUGAUGGGCUCUGAGGAAGGGACUGAGGGUGGAAUUCAUGUUGCACAAGUGGGAACACCAUCUAAUGAAUCAAAUCCUGCAGCAUCCAUGAAACUUUCAGCAGUCCCCAUGGAUGUUUGUGGUGCCACAGUGGACUUACCAAACAUCUGUGGCAUGAACAACAGUUUGAUUACACCAACCAGUAAAGAGAUUGAUAUACUUCUGCCAACUAGUAGUUAAACUGUCUAGAAAUGAAAUGUGAGUCAUGCUUUUCUUUCUGAAUCAGAUGUGAAGUUUCUCAAUUACAUCACAGUUUAUUAUUUAUUUAUAGGGCAUUCUGUACUUGUACAAUAUCCAAUUUGCUACACAUUAUUUUGUUAACUUCAGAAUUUUCUAAUUUUACAUUCUUACCGGUGUUUCUCUUUAUGUUAACAUGUAUUUGAUAUAUAGUUUUUUUAAUAGUAAUGUCAAGGCCCCUGAUUAUAGAUUAUGUGGAAAGAAUUAACAGAACGUUCACACUUUUUUUUAAAAACAAAAAUCCUGAAAUCAAGUAGUUAUAUGCUUAUUCAGUCAAAAUUAAUUCUCCCAAACAAUUAGAAAUUCCAUAUGUGAUCAAAAAAAUUAAAUGAAUUAUCCAUCCAGCACAAACCAGUGACUAUAGCUGGAUGGCAUGGUGGCUCAUUGGUGUGAACUCUGCUGCCUCACAGCUCCAGGGACCUGGGUUCAAUUGGGCAACUAUCUUUGUUGAAUUUGCACAUUGUCCCCGUGUCUGUGUAGGUUUCCUCCAGAUGCUCUGGGUUCCAGAACAGGCUAGAUGGAUUGACAAAGGGAAGUAUAAGGUUACAGGGAUGAGCUUGGGGGUGGAUCUGGGUGGGAUGCUCUUCAGAGAGUUGGUAUGGACUCUGGUUGAAUGGCCUACUUCCACACUGUAGGGAUUCUAUGAUUCUAACUAUUCUUAUUUGUUUCCACAAUCUGUUACAUAUAAUGGUGCUUAUAUAUUUGGAAAAGUUAGCACAAAUUGAGAAAGAUAAUGCAUUAGGUAAAAAGGAAUUAGCAAACAACUUUAGAUGCAAUUCCGAGGUCAAUUUGAGUUCUAUGGAAAUGUCCUUCUUGAUUUAAAAAGUUAAACUUUCUCUCCACAGAUGCUGCCUGGCCUACUGAGUUCCUGCAGCAUUGUGUUUCACUUUUGAGCAUCUGCAGUAUUUUGCUUUUAUUGUAGUGAAUAUUUGCUGUACUAAGCAGUGUCUCAAUGGUGAUGUUUAUGACUGGCCACUGAAACAGUAUUUUAAAGACUGCUUUGAUUGUUGUGAUGGUAAGUUGAGAGGAGGGAGGUAUGUCCGUAUAGAAUCCCUAGUGUGGAAGCAGGCCAUUCAGCCCAUCAAGUCAACACAGACUCUCUGAAGAGCGUCCCACCCACCUCCCCUAUCCCUGUAAUGCUGCAUUUUCCACAACUAAUCCACCUAACCAACACGUCUUUGGACUAUGGAAGGAAACCAGAGCUCCUUGGGGAAACACACACACGUGGGGAGAAUGUACAAAUUUCACUCAAGGAGUCGCCAUAAAGGACACAGGAUUUGUCUUCUGUGACAUGACUGUAAAAUGGAUGAACCACUCAACUUGUAUUGCAAUAGUGUUUUUGAAAAUAAAUAUUCUGGUAGUGGUUAAGGAACUUGUUUUAACGGAAGGAAGCAUUCCAGGUCUUUAGGUGUGAUGUGAUAUAUUCGCAGGAAGGCCCAACGUAAUUUUUAUUUUAAACUACAUUAUCUAUGUUAUUAUCUAAGAUACCCACGGGGAUAUUUCUAAAGGGUUAAUGGUGAAGUGUGUUGUUUUUACAUCUGGGAUUCAAACUGAGUAAUUUGUACUCUGGUUUACAACUUUAGACACUGCAUUCCUUAAUUGCCAAAUGUCGUCGUUGUGGUUUACGAUGAUGUAAUUAAUAUUUAAAGCAUAAGAGCAUAUGCAACCAGUUCUUUAACUUGUAAGUAACAAAAUUUUGUUUCACCACAAGACAACACAUUACAUUCAGUUAAAUUUCUGACUAUAUCUAGUGGCAAUUUUUUGCCUUGCAUAUUUUGAGCAGUCGUAUAUAGCAAUAACAGAUAUAAAACUGUCAGGAGCUUGUUCAAAUUAAAUCACCUUUUAACAAAACUAAAUGAGGCAAGGACAUGAUGGUGAGCUAAUGAGUUCAAAAUAUGUACACAAGCAUAUCGUAUACAAUAUAUAAAAAGAUGUAAUGUCGAUGUGGAUUCAGUUGAUAAAAUUGAUUUAAUAAGAUUCUUUAGAGUUUUCUGGAAAACCCCUUCCGCCAUCCCACCAUCAAAAAUUUGUAAAUGUAUCUGCUUGGGUGUUCAGGUGUCAUGGUUUUUCUAUUGGCCAAAGGCUAGGAGAGCUUGUUGCUAGAUAUCUAAUACUUUCUAAUUGCCUGAAGUAAGAUUUCAUAAAUGUCCCAGGGUACCUUUGGCUUAAGAAAAUUACUUUCUUCACCCCUUGACGGAAAGUAAUUAAUCGAUGAUUGUAUUUGAGAUUAGCAUAAGUAAACCAAAAUCUAAUUAAUUUCAGUGAAAUACUACACAAUUUUAACUUGAUAAAUAGCACAUUUCAGUUUGUGUAUUAAUCAUUUUGCUUUAGAUUUCAUUCAAUAAUUUUAUAGACUCCAGCAAAAAAGUUGAUUUUUUUUUGUACCAGAUCUCCACUUCAAUAUCAUCAUCCCCAGUUCUGCCAAACUCAAAGCUGUGGAGCUGCGUGGAUUACAUUAUAUAAUUCAGAGUGGAAAAACUUGGUACAAGUAUUAAACUGGAAAAUAAAUUGUACAUUUUCUUGCAUCUUGUACCUUGUAAACUUUUGGAGGAAUUGAGUUUCCUUAAAGUACAUUGAAGUCUUGAGGUAAAUAUAACAGCCAUUUUAACACUGCAACAUUUGAGUAAAUGCUCUGUUGUUUUAUUUUGCUAGAGGAGGAAUAUGAGUUAUGGGGAUCUCUUUGCUUUUCAAAUUCACCGUCCUUGGUAUACAUCUGAAGUGGCAACUCUGGCCUUUGGUUUACUGCCUCACGUAAUGGGAUUGCACAUUUGACCGUAAACUACUCCCUCAGUAUUAUACUAAGUUUCAGAUUGAUCUAGUUACAUCAGCCCUCUGUGUGAUUCACAAACCCACAGCCUAACUGCCAUCAGAACCAAUACCACACACUAACUCUAAAAUGGAUUCUUCUUGGCAGUAUGAUGUUUGGUAGAUAAGUUGGGGACAAAGCUAAGCGAGGCCAAAGGACUACUUUUUAUAAGUAACUUGACGAGAAGACUUCCGGACUUGCCAGCUCUGCCAUUAUAUCUUUCCAUUCUGUGCCCCUUUAAUUUAAUGUACCACAUGAACAAUGUCCUCUCGUAACAUACAAUUAGCUGUGCCUGGAAUGUAGUUCUUGUCAUAGUGUAUGUAAACAAUCAGGCCCAGACAAGUUCACAACUCCAAGUCCAGGUGCAAUUCGCAAUCAUUAUAAGUAAGCAGUAUGGCAAAUUUCUCAUUACUCAACUGAAAAAUGGACAUCUCAAGUCACGACAUUUGCUCUUUUACUUAAUGUCGUUACUUUAAAAUUACAGUAAAAUUUAAAAGUUUUUGAAGGACAAUUAAGUAUUUAACAUAAUAUGCACUUUUCCUCUCUCUCAAAAAGCACUUCAUGGGUGUGCAUUUUACUCAAAGAUUUAUGGGGAUUUUUGUAGUGAGUGGCCACAUUAAGCUUUGGUUGUUUAAAUAUUGCAUGCCUAGCGUAAUUAGAUAAAGGCAAGAAUGUUCUCUUCACAAGGUCUGAUCCAGUCGAUAAAGUCAUGAAUUAUUUGUCACUCUCAUUUACCUAUAGUUAACUUUCUUUUAAAGGUGGGAAAGGAGAAGCUGUUGCUUUGUUGAGGGGAGAUUUGAGUUUAUUCUGUCCCAUUUAAAAUAUUUCCUCUUUAUGAAACAGAACUUUGAUUUUCUUUCUAUCUCUACUCUUGCAAAAAGGUAGAAAAACCUAUGCUAUUAUUUACUGUUUUCUUAGUUGUAAGUCCUGACCCAAACAGAGAUGAUACAUAAUUCCAAUAGAACCAUUCUUCAUUGCUUAAUCUUCUUUCUAUGUCCACAUGUUUAUUUUAUUUCACAUUUCUUUAAAUGCUCAAUGUUAAGGAGUCAUAAAGCAUAUGAGCUUGACCUUCCUAGGAGGCACACUCAGCUGUUUGCAAAAGAAAACUGUAAAAUGGGACUUAUAGGCAACAAAAUUGGCCAAAAUUUCAAUGGAUUGAAUCCAAGAAAUGGAUAGCAACCUGUGCUUAUCUGCCACUAUUUGGCUGUGCAACAUUGGAAUGGGGUGACUGGAAUGUUAAAGCAACAUCUUCCUUAGAGAACAAUGGUAUGUUCUGGAAAAAGUUGCUGAUCUUUUUAUUUAUCUUUGUGAAUUAGUCUGUUCUGAAUAUUAGGAAAACUGGCAUAUUACUACUACAGUCAUGAAAUUGUCAACUUGCCUUAUGAGGUGUGAUUGAGGCAGAACUGGUGGGUUUUCUGCUGGGUCAUAUCAUCCCUCCUUCUGACAACUUAAUUCCCCAACAUUGAUAAGAGGCAGAAGUGGAUGAACUAUAUACCACUUCACAUUCCACACACCUGUCAGUCCUACUCAAAUUUUAUAACUAGCAUAUCAUCUCAAGUCACACAUUCCCAUUUUUAAAAUAUAUUUUUGGUAAGAUAGAGGCCAUUAGCCCAUAAAGUCCAUGCUGGCUUUCAGUGGAGCAAUCCAGCUGGUCUCAGUCACCUGAUUUGAUUCCCAUGGUCCUCUAAAUUCAUUUAGUUCAAAUACCUGUCCAUUAUUUCUUUAGGAAUCAUUACUUUCUGAUUUUAUUACCAUCCUGAGACCAUAAGAAAUAGGAACAGAAGGUAAGCCAUUCAGCAGGAUAGUGGCUGAUCUGAUGUGCCUCAAACCAUUUUCUUGCCCUUUCCCUGUAACUGUUGAUUCCCCUAUUGAUCAAGAGUCUUAUUUCAGUCGUAAAUAUUUGCAAGGACUCUGCCCUACAUCUCUCUGUGGCAAGGAGUUCCAAAGAUAUUCAACCCUCGGAAGAAAUUCCACCCCAUCUCAGUUUUAAACGGACACCACUUUGUUUUGAGACUGUCCUUUUGUCCCAGGCCUUCCCACGAGGGGAAACAUCCUCUCAGCAUUAACCCUGUCAAGCCCCUUAAAGAUUCCAUGUGAGAUCACCCCUCGCCAGUAGUAAAUUCCAAGUCAUUACCACUUUAGCUCUAUUAGAAAUUUGCUGCUCACACUCCCUCUACAUCUCUCCAAAACCUUAAAUCUGUGUCACUUUGUAUUCUAUCAAGUCUCCUUUUUGUUGAAAGCUGUUUCAAUCUAACUUUAACUAAAGUCUCACAUCCCUGUAAACCUGGCAAAUCUCCUCUGCAUCCUCUUGAGGAUGGUCACUUCCUUCCUAAACUAUGGUGACCAGGGCUGGUAAGUUAAGAUGCUAGUUUCUGGGAUGUGUUGACAGAUUUGGAUGCUCCCCAUCCACCUAGAGACAGGCAAAAACAUAAUUUUACUCCCAUGUCCUGUGGACUGUUCAUUAAGAAACUGUCAUCAUCAGUCAUUAGGAAUCUUGUGACUUCAGUUGCAGUGAGUGGGGUGUAUAACCAGGUCAUUCACUGUAGCAGUUGCAAAACUGCCAUUUGUAAGUUGCACAUAUAUCAAUUUUAAUGGAAAAUGGUCCAUACAGUCCAUAACAAGUGAUAAUUCAGGUUAUAAUAUAGUAUUUUGUUGCUUGAUACAUGUUCUACUUUUAAAACAUUUUAUAGAAGAAUUGUAUGAGCUUUGUUUUUGAAAUAUUUAUUUCACCCAAAGCUUUUAGGUUAUCUGACAUUAAUGAUGCAGGUGAAAUCAAAGAUACAGUAGCACUGACGUGUCUCAAGGGUCCUUAAAUAUCAUAGAAUUACACAGUACAGAAGAGACCCUUAGGCCCAUCGAGUCUACCACCAAAAAUACACUAAAUCUAGAUUAGUUUCACUUUUUACCUUGACUGAUCCUGAAUGUCGUCUUAAGUACACUCUUAACCUAUCCUGUAUUUUCAGGAAUCUGUGGACAAAUAUUUUACUCUGUUCCUCCGAGCUUCCUUCUGUCCUGCCAUUCAAUGAAUUGCAGCUGAAGUUGAUCAGUGGCUCCCACAACCGUUCUUUAAUGUAAUUACCAAAGCCUUAAAUGUGUUUGAAACAUUAGUGUAGAAAAUAGGAAUAGGCCAUCAGCCCUUCGAGCCUGCUCCACUACUCAGGACAAUCAUGACUGCUCCUACUUUCUCCCAUAUCUUUUGAUCCCCUUACCCUAAGAACAGUAUCUAACUCUUUUAAAACCUUCACAGUUUUGGUCUCACUGCUUGCUGUGGUAGAGAAUUCCACAGGCCCACUACUUUCUGGGUGAAGAAAUUCUUCUUGUUCGCAGUCCUAAAUGGCCCAUCCCACAUCCUUAAACUGACCUGGCAAGUAAGUUGCAAAUUAAGCUGUGGCAGUUGUUCAAUAAAUAAUAUUGAAUGCAGAUGAACGGUGUUUCGCCCACUGGCCAGAGUGCCUAGCAAGCAUCCCAUCUAUGUAAGUAGUCUGUGGCUGGCUUUCCCUGAUAACCUGAAAUGCCUCCACCCCAAACCACUGUAUGCUUGUUGAAUACCAGCAGCAGUGAGAACUGACCUUUUAGUUGAUAUUAAUUGCCCACUCAAUGAUCUCAGUUGACAGCAGGGUGGGAAGGCAGAGGGUCCCCAUCUACCCUCCCUCCAAACUCACCUCAUGGGCAUGAAUUAAAUACCAUUCAUUGGGUGAACAGGUUUGGAUUGAAGAGCCAACAUAGGACUAAUCUCAGUUGAAAUGAUGACAAGGUAGGAUGAAUUUUAAGUGAGAAACUGAAGGAACGUCUCCAUGUUGUAAAUAACAAAGUCCACACUGAUAGAUAAAUCUUGUGUAACAAUUUCUAGUUGAUGGAAGCGUUAAUCAGAAGCUGAUUAUGUAGAGAAUGUGAUCCUUAUGAUACACCAUUUUUAUAAAUAUUUUUAUUGAAAAGCUUUUUUAAAUCUUUUACAAAACGUUUAUAUAUAAAGGAAAAAAAAACCAUCAAAACAGAAAAAAAAGUACAAAGAAGACCAUAACAAAGUUCCAUUGUUACUAAAUAACCCACUAUUCUAUCAAAACAAACCUAUCUACUUAACUAAAACUGAACUACAAACCUAUUAAAUAAAUACUUAAAUUACAUUCAAGUUACUUAAAUUAGAUAAUGUCUUACUACUUUAUUCUGUCUUACUCCUCACACCUCCACUGAGGCUCCCAUCCCUGGGAGUACCCCCUACAGUACCCAUAUUCUUUUCCUUCCAGUCUCCUCCUCCCAGUGCCCCACGGGCGCCCAUAAAGAUUCCCACGGCUGUACCACGACCCUGACUAAUAUCGCUAACAAGUCAGCAUCAAUAUAGUUUAAAAAGGGCCGUCAUGUCCUAUAAAACUGUUCCGUUUGUGCUGCACCAAAUUUGUGAGGUAAUCUUGGGGGAGAUGCUCCACAACUAGCUUACGCCACCCCAUAAGAUCUGGUGGUUUUUCUGACGUCCAAUUUAGUAAAAUGUUCUUCCUUGCGCAAUGGGCAAGGAUAUUACACAGUUUCUUCCAGUGUUCCCCCAGAGAGGGCAAAUUUGGCAGCCCCAAAAGAAGAACUACUGGAUCCACGUUAAUUUCAGUCCCCAGAAUGUCCUUUAACUCCUUCACUAUAAGACUCCAAUAUCUUAGGAUCUUGCAACAUGACCAAUAACAAUGUGUGAGAGUACCUAUAUUAAUUUUACAUUUGGGACAGUCUGGUGACACUCCUCUCUUAAACUUAGCUGGCCUUUCUGGUGCCAUAUGAGCCCUGUGUAAGAUCUUUAAUUGCAUAUAGCCUGUGCUCUGUUUACAUACUGAAAUUUUUCCUUACAUUCCCCCAGAUAUCUUUCCAUAUCUCCAGUGAAAUGUCCUGUCCUAACUCUCGGUUCCGCAUCUUAGAGUCCAUCCAUAUCCCCCAGAGCACGGCCUUUCUGUAAAUGAUAUAAAGUGCAAAGUGAAAGAGUACCCGUACACUGGAGUACCCUUUUCUCAGCAUCUGAUUUAUAACAUUGGGCCAGGAGUGUGGUCUUCCUCUGUAUGUAGUCCCUUAGCUGGAAGUAUUGGUAAAGGUCCUUAUUGGAUAAUCCAUAUUUCUGACUUAACUGAUUGAAUUAUAUCAGGAUCUCUCCCUCAAACAAGUCUCCCAAACGGAGUUCCUUUGUUCUCCCAUGUCUUAAAGCCAGAGAUAAUACACCUUAGGUAAAGUUAAUAUUUAUAAUAGACUAACAAUGAGUUGCAGCCUAACAAUGAGUUGCAGCCUAACAAUGAGUUGCAGCCUAACAAUGAGUUGCAGCCUAACAAUUUAGUUGAUCACUUCACUUCUCAUUGAAAACUGCUGGAGUACAAAUUUUGCAAAAAUACAUUACAGAAAAGUAUUUAAUUGCUGCCUUAAUUAUACCAAAUUACAUUUGGUAUAAAUCUAUGUUUGUAUUAGAAAAUAUUUUCAGGGUUGUCACUGUUCUGCAAGUGAAAGAAUGGUGAUUUUGAUGUAGAACCAGAAGAAGUAGAGGAUCACUAUAGGAAUUUUCUAUUUUCGACAGAUUUUGCCAGGCAAUCUUUGCAACAAGAUAAUCUAAUUCUUUGUAAUGAUUGAUAGAUGUUUUUCAUAACAGUGCAAUAGGCCCUACACAGAGCAAUUUUACAAUGUGCACAUUCGGUAUAAAAUCAGAAUAACUCACUGCCGUGCCUUUUCACAAUUUUUCUUCAAUUGUCAGAAAUAUGUUUUGAUACAAGAGUUGUCCAAGUCUACUUGAAUCUGAAAUUGAGUCUUGAGCCACUUCUCGAGUGAUUAGUACUGGUGUUCAAACAGAUGAAGUUGGUCCAGUCAUUUUCUGCUGUUUUUAAUUGUAUUGAAUGUCGAUGGCAAAUUUGACACACUUAUUGAGUGUGUUAAUUACAUCUAGCAAAGGACUGCAAAUAGUGCAUCAGCAAUUUUCAAAUUUAAGACGAUUCUAACCAUAGAUUUACAAAUGUAUUAUGGAUUCCGAGCCACUGAAAUUCUGAAGAAGUCAUUUCAUAGGAGCAAUUGAUAUUGAACGUGAAUUACAGCUCUUGAAUUUGCAGCAAUGGAGUUUUAAAAAUUAGAAUAAAUCGUACAACGAUAGUAACCUUUAACAAAUUACUAAGAACAAAUCAAAUCUGGCUUAACAAUUGCCAGUUUUGCAGGAAAUACUAUUUGCUGUGUUCUACCGAAAUAAUUGAGAAAAUCAACAUAAGAUAGGGUAAAUAGACAAGUUCUUUUCCUGGGGGUGGGGAAGUCCAAAACUAGAGGGCAUAGUUUAAGGUGAGAGGGUAAAAAAUUUAAAAAGGACCUUUUAAAAGGGGCAACUUUUUCAUGGAGAGGGUGGUGCAUGUAUGGAAUGAGUUGUCAGAGAAGGUGGUGGAGGUUGGUACAAUUCCAACAUUUUAAAAGACAUCUGGAUGAGUACAUGAAUAGGUAGGGUUUACAGGGAUAUGGUCAAAUGUUGGCAAAUGGGACUGAAUUAAUCUAGGAUAUCCGGUCAGCAUGGACAAGUUGGACUAAAGGGUUUGUUUCUGUGCUGUACAUCUCUGACUUUAUUUGGACAAACUUGAGGUGUAUGAAACUUCAACAUUACUACUUCCACCCUGACACUUAGUUACUUCAGGCUAUAAGGUUGUUCCUUAGAUGGACUUACUGAGAUUUGCCCAGAAAACGCCUUUCACUAAAUUCUUUAGCAAACCAACAUGAACCCUAGUAUAAAAUGUUUUAAAAAUUGAUUUCCUGUUUUACAUAUGGACUGUUCAUCCAGACUAAAAUGCAUGAUAUUUGGUAAAAUUACUGAGUUUGGAAAUAUGCAUUUUCUAUAUUUGUGUGUGUGCAUUUAUCACAUUUAAUAUUAACACACUUGUAGGUAUUCAGCAGUAAAUAAUGAAAUAUUUAGAUAAAGAUAUAAAUGGCUGACAGACAUGCAGCUUCAAGGUCAAAAAGUGUGGUGCUGGAAAAGCACAGCCGGUCAGACAGCAUCCAAGGAGCAAGCAAAUCGAUGUUUCGAACAUUAGCUCUUCAUCAGGAGUGAGUAUGCUCAAAAUGUCAACUCUCCUCCUCCUCAGAUGCUGCCUGACCAGCUGUGCUUUUCCAGCACCGUGCCUUUUGACUCUGAUCUCCAGCAUCUUCAGUCCUCGUUUUCUCCCCGACAUGCAGCAUGUCCAACAUGUACCAUCUGAAGGGGAGAGUAAAUAAUUCCAGAUGAGUUUUCAGAAUGUCUAUCUUCUAUCCAUCCUAUAAUAGCUUGGUUUUUUUUCUUCUAGGAUAUAUUUAGGGAUAGAAGUAGGUAUUUAAGCAAUGUAUAUACCUCUUUGCAAUACAAAAGAUUAUUAAUAACUAUCCUUUUGGGGUAUCAAGACUGGUUUUAUAUUGUGGCUUUUCUUUUCCGGUGACUUUCAUCCACUAAUGCACAUGAAUCUAUCACCAGCAAAAAUUAUCCUGAUCAAAACUUCAGCUGACCUGUAUAUACUUGCACAUGGGCAUUAGUACUAAGACAAACAGUAAACUGCAACAUAGAAUGAUACCUGAAAAGUAUCAGAUGUAUUUAUUUAUUACAAACUGCCUACUGUAGCUUCUGAGGCUUUGGCAAAGCUAAAUUUGAAAAAUUCUGUCAUCUUAGAUCAGACUAUCGUUGUAGGGUGUGUCUUUAAUUCGCUGGUGUUUGUUUACUAAAUAAAUUAAGAUGUUAUAGUCAUAGUUUUUAGCCAAUUCAGAAAAUAAAUUUUUGAGGCAUUUGCAAUUUUGUCAUGUGAUUAUUUGGAUUGCAAUUUUUCAAAUUGUAAAUAGUGCUAAUACUAAAGACUAGUUGCUAUGAAAGUUGAGUCUUACCAUGAAUAGUUACUGAUACCUGAAAAUAGGAAGCAGUAUUCUAAAAUUCAGCAACAUUGCCAAUUCAUAUUAUUUGUGAAUCACCAUCAAAACAGGGCACUUUUGUCCUGUUUUGUGUGUUGCGAAAACCUAAAUAGCAUAUUUCUGGAAUGCUUUGUCUACAAAUCUCAUGAAGCAAAGAGUGGCAAUGCUGUUGGAGUCUAUGCCUGAUCUUUGACAUGCACUGACUUAGCUGCUUGAUAUUGGGGUGCGAGAGUAGCUUCAGUUUCCUCAGGGAGGGUUUACCAAUCAGGUAUCCCAUUCCUGUUCAAUCCCUCAUCGAUGUAAGUGUGCAUGCUCGCCUGGAUUGUAUUUGGUCUGAAACAGAAUAGUUUAGUAGUUUGUCCAGGUUCAGAUAUAAAAAGUGAUUGUUUGAAUGACAUGAGGGUCAAUCAAACCUUAAUACAAUGAGAAAUUAAUACUUCCCCUCUUGAAAAUCUUGAAGGUCGGGGUGAUGUGAAACAAGAAACUUGUCUGUCUGUCAGUAAUGACAAAUCAAUGCGUAGACUGCAUUUGAUGUAAAUCAUUAGUACUUCCUUAUUGUUAUUUUGAAAUACCUUGUCUUUUAACUUAGUUCCCAGUUUCAUUGUAUUACUAACUCAAUGCAACACUAUUGAAUUGUGCUUCCACCUUACAGCAUAAUUGAUUGCACCAAUUGAUAUUCUUGUAAAAAAAAGUACAUUACAAUAUAUUUUUAAUAAUUUAUAAACUAUAAAACUUUCAUACAGUGGAAUCAGUAUUUUGUCAGACAUUUUAUGCACUCUACAACUGAAAAUGCUUGUAAUUGAGUGAUUCCUUUUUGUUUUACUUCAUUAGCAAACUUAUUAAAUUCAAAACUGCUGUCCCUCAUAGAAUUUUGUUCAUGCUCAUGGGAAACUAUAACUAAUUCAAAAUGCAACUUGUAAGUGCCUUUUGAAUCUGCAUGCUGUAAAAAAAAAAUUAAAAUUGUAGAAAGUGCAUU